GGAAGGAGGGAGGAAGGAGAGGGGAGGAAACUGUGCAGAAAGAAGAGCAACUGCUGAUCCAGUCUGUGUGAGGAGAAAUGUUCUGGAUUUAAGAAACUAAAAGAGGGAACUGUAGACUUUCACAGAUUUUGCACCCGUCUUUGGACUUUUAGGACACUUCCUCGGCUUGUUGGAGAGGUUGACGUGGAAAAUGAACUGUUGUUGGAUCGAUAACACCAAAUCAAUUUCGCAGGGGCGGUAUCAGUGACUCUAAAGUCUAUUUUUUUCACAACUCAUGCCACGUUUGAGAUUACGCCUGAUGCGCUGAGGAGGUAUCUUCAUUUACGUCCAGCUGCUCAGAGAAAACCCCCGACAGAAAAGUGGGCAAAGUUUCCCUGUGUGAGUCUAUUUUGACAUUUCAGGAGCUCCAGGCUAUCUGACCGCUGUCUGCCGCCCCAGAGAGAGAGGGCAGCAUGCUGGACUGACGUCUGAGGAAUGGCAUCGGCUGUGUUUGAGGGCACGUCGCUGGUCAAUAUGUUUGUACGGGACUGUUGGGUCAACGGGAUCCGGAGACUUAUCAUCAGCCAGCGGGGAGAGGAGGAGGACUUUUUCGAGAUCAGGACGGAGUGGUCUGACAGGAACAUUUUAUACUUGCACCGGAGUUACUCGGAUCUUGGGCGGCUCUUUAAAAGACUGGCGGAGUCGUUUCCUGAGGACAGAAGAGACCUCUCCAAGUCUCCUCUGACAGAAGGUGAGAAAAAACUGAAUUAUAACGUUAAGAAGGAAAAGGAAAGCCCCAAACACAAACAACACAUCCAUCACAUAACAUACUCAGAGUAACGUCCUUAGCAGGGGCGUAGCUACAAACUCUGGGGCCAUAUGUACAGGGGCGGCUUGAGGCCCCCUUGGUAUUUAAUUAACCCUUAGAACUCCCAGCUAUAUUUUGCUAUAUUUGGUCCGCCUGUUUUUAUUUUGUAAAAAUCUAUGUAGCAAUUCUAUCCUUUUAAACACAGCAAACAUAUGCACAUCUUUUUUUCAGGACAACCUCAGCCGUCAGUUUAGGGUGCAGUCAGGGUGCAAAAAUUAAGUAAAAUGAUAUGUGACAGUAGAACCCUAACCCUAACCAUCAAAGUCAACCAAAAAACAAAAACGGAAAUUGAUACCAACAGUAAUGUGCUCAAAAAACACAUAAAUCUAUAGUGACCAAGCCUUUUCUCACCUGCACAUCAUUAUGUUAAAGGUCCUUACACAGCGGGAACGACGCAAAUAUACGAUGCGAAAUUACAAAAUAUUCAGAGGUGAAUUUUGACGUGCCUGACUAUACACAUCAAGCUCUGAUGCGAUUUUGCAACUUUCCGAAGACUGACACAAAACCAGACUGACUGUUUUUCAGUUUUUAUUAGGCACUAGUGUUGAGAUGGCUUUCUGUCAUGAUAGCAUGUACUGAGUCGGGGCCAGUACCAUAAAUGUAAGGUAACAACCGAGACCCAAUGGUGCUGUGACAGCAACGCGAUUGAGUUUGAGACAGUGAAAAUACAUAUGGUAUGUUGUAUCUGAACAGGUUAGCUUACGAGCUAAAAUUACUUAGCACAGAUGAAAGUUAAAACAAAGACGUUUAGCAAACUGUUAAAACACACAAACCAUCACAACCACCACAACUCCCAGCUAUAUAUUGCCAUUUUUCCAUGUCUACCAAGUCCACUCUGCUAAAUACAAUGAAUAACUAUACACUGCAUUCUGUAAAGCUUAACAGUGGCGACAUUUCAUUUGAGUGGCCUCAAAAUUGCAUGACAUCAUUUAAUUCAACAAAUAAAUUCAUCCGGUGACUCUCAGUUUAAGCUCUGCAACUUUUGGUUCCAUCAGACCUGGGAAAUUUGGACAUUCAUGAGGAAAUCUCUGUUUUUGUCUGAACAGGAAAGCCCCUGCAAAAUGAUAUUCCUGUUUAUAGUUUGUCUCCGGCAGCACAACAGCUGCUGUUUUUUGGCUUAUGGGAAAAGUAUUUGGUGGAUUAUAGUUAGAUCCUACUUCCUAACCAGCUGUGAGAAUAGUAGAUAUUUCUUUAUAUUCAAUUAGGGCCCAAAAGGGUAAAAUGGUACACGAAGCAGAUGCUGGUAUGAAAAGAUAAAGUGGUAUCUGGACUUUUGCAUUUAGGGAAGCAAAAGAGAAGAACAUAGUGGACAUAAUCAAUAAUGGUUUAGGGCUUAUCUUAACUGAACUGCUCCAAAACCCAGACUUGGAUGCUUUUGUCAGGACAGGUUAAUAUUUAACAAAGUCCACUUUCAGUUACAUCAGCAGACCUUUCACAAAGCCUUUCGACCACAAAACCAACAUGGUGACUGCAUGUUUCUACAUCCUUUUUGAAUAUUUGGGAGCUUAAUGGCUGUCUGGUUUGGGAACCCUAGUUUCACUUUGGAGUAAUGAAACCAGAUAUAUUAUUUGAGAAUUUGAACAAUUAUAAUCUAUGAGCAGGCGUGUCUGUGAAGUUGUGUGGUGUUUAGUAAAAGCAGAAUUUUGGGUCUGGGUUUAUUGCGUCCACUCUCUGACCGUACGUAGCCCGAACCUUUGGCCCUCUGGGGGUGGAUCUUUGACACUGUGGUGUUGUGGCACUGCCAACAAGUCUGGCAGAGCGUACAGCUUGUUGAGUGUGUAUGAUCUCCCCACACAGCCUCCUUGGCACUUCCCUUUUGUCCUAACCCUGCUGAGCCUAUAGGAAUGUUUUGGAAACAUCUCUUCAGUGGCGACUGGAAGGCUCUGCUUCCUGCUCGGGCACUGAAAUAGCUGACAGGCCUGUUGACAGUUCAGCGCUCUAUGCCUGCCAGUGCAGUGUGCAGUGCAUUGUGGGAAGUAAGAUUUAGGACUGAGUGAGUCACUUUUCACUUCUUUUUUUACUACCUAUCCCCCUUCGAGCUCUGAUUAAAGAGUAAAGACAUAUUAAGCUCGGUAAGAACCUAGAAGGAGACACUUCUGCUUUAUUGACUCAAGAAAAUUCAACAAGUUAAUGACUGCAGGCAGCAGGGUUAAUGAAAUUCCCCUUCCUUUAAUUCUACUCUUGUUCAGUAUUUCAUUUGCAUCCCUAAUUGCUCCUCAGAUUAAAAGUCCCCGGCUCUGGCCUUUCUCUGCUCACUCUGAUCCACUUUCUGGCUCUCCCCAUGUUUUCCUGUUUCUGUGCGGCGCCCAGGCAACAAGGAAGGCGUGCAGAGUUUUCAGCCUGAUGUCAUGAUGAGACAGAGAGAACGAGGGAGGCUGUGAGAGGAGUGGACUUGCCAUAUUUAGUCCCUCUGGACUGCCGAGGCCUCAUAACACUUACCUUACAUGUGACCCCAGAGUGAAUGCAGACAGGAAGCGAUUGCUCACAUUUCACAUGAACCAGAAUCCACAGAGGAGCGCUGACGCAGACCAGAUCACUUCAAAUGUUAUUCUGAGACACUUAUUAGUCAUCACUUUAGUUAGUAAUGUAACAGUGUUGAAAUCAGAGUUUUGAUUGUGCUUUUAGCUGCAUUACAUCAUAGACAGUACAACUCUUUUGGAGAAAAUCAGCUACAAAUGGCUAAAAGUAACCCUUGACUUUUCACUACUCCAGCUAAUGUAUUUACUCUGUGACGUAAACUUUAAAAUACUUUUAAAUCAGUGACAGAAUCAAAGAAAUGAGCCAAGACUUUAGUAACACAAACUUUUUUUUAUUCAGGAAGUUAAAUGAGAGGGUCAAUGACGACCUCUUAAAUGUCUCUUGCAGAAAGACUGGAAACAUUGUGGAGCAUGUUGCGGCUUUUAGUACAUUUAAAAAAGUCGCUUGAGGCAGAGAAUAGGUCCUGUAUAUUUGUGUGACACGCUGCUGCUGUUCCAAAGAAGUACUCACAGUUCAUUAAAGUUUUCGGAGCUUUAAUAACAGAAAAAAACGCUUCCACACUCAUAUUCGAUAGAGUAUGUGUACACUUUGUGACGUGUAUCAUUGCAAACAAAGAACAUGAAGCGCGGUCAACAAAAAUUACGGCUACCUAGGCUCACCUCUCCACCCCAGUGCAGGUAAGACCACCACUUUUAUAACACACCAGUUUUCAAACACAGUGCCCAUGUGACCCAAACCCAGCCAAACCAAUGACAACCAGACAAAAGUAACCGAACACAGGAUAACCGAUAAGCAAAGCAAUAUUGUAGCUCCUACAGAGCAGCUAGCCUGGUUUUUGCUCCCAAGUAAAAAAAAAUAUAUUUCAUGCUCAUCUGAAAAGCUGUAAAUAACUUUAAUUUGUAAGUUAUAUAUAUAUAUAAAAAAAAACCAUUGAAUUAAGAAAAGCCCCAUAUUGAAUUUCCCUUUGGGGAAUAAAAUAAAGUUAUUCUUACAAAUAUAUAUUGAGUAGCAUGAAGUUGUUUAGCUCUUCUGGAAGUUUCUGUACCCCAAAAGGGGAAGUUUCAUUAAAAGCAGAACUGUGUCUUUUUACAUUUGGGGAUUUAGGCUGACAUUUAACAUUAAAAAGGGUGCAAGUAUGCAAAUAAGUGGUGAAACACACAAUUUAAGUUUAUGCUAGGCUAAGCAAAGCUGACUGUACUGGAAGCAAAUUUUUUUUGUGGUAUGGUAGGGGAAGGUCCCGCCCUCUUUUGCCUCUGAUUGGCUAGAAGUGCUGGGUUCUGAUUGGUUAUUUCUAAUGGCUGUGAAAUGUCAUUGUCUGUCAGGUUAGGGUUAGUUAGGAGAUUCAGAAGUGCGAUAAUGUUCUGUUUGAUGUACAGAGCCGACAGUCUGCGUUUUGGCUUGAGUCUGUGGUGACGUUUUCAGCUUUUUCUAGCCAAACAGAGACGAAGGAGGCGGGACUUUCCCCUACAUAGCUAUAGCUUACGGCUAUAUUCUAGUGUUAUAUAGCUAACUGUUGGCUAACAUUAACAGCUAAGAGAUUUUGUUGUUUCUGAUUAAAUAGACAGCAAAAACUUCCCUUGAACAUUUUAAAGUAGUAAAAUAAUGUUGAUUUUAUUGUCAAAAAUAUGCCGACUUGGAGAGAUCACGUAUAGCUUCACAAUUUUACCAUUAAGCUGUACUUUUACAGACUAGCCACAACAAUUCUGACACUUGUGCACACCAUGGACAAGAACAACAAGAAGAUAAACCCCCCCUAUAAUUAUAACUGUGUUUGUUUGUUUAUGCGUGAUACUUGUUGCUUGUUGACUGAAGCUUCCAGAAAUAACUGAACACUAAUGAAACAGCGGAGAGUUGGCGGUUAGAUGAUGAAGCCUUAGACUGCUGACAUGUGCUUAUCAGAUCCAUGCAGAGGACAGCUGUGAAAUAACUGCUGCUUACAACAUCUGAUGGCUGCUCAGAUACUGCGGAGGAGGAGGAUGACUCGGACACAGCAGAGUUCCUGUUAUACAAAUACUUCUACCGUGUUGUUUUCAGCGUAUAGAUGAGGUGGCUUGUCCAGUAACAGUUGGGAACUUGUGUAUCUGUGUGAUCAAGAGUGAAGGCCAUAAAUACUCUAAACCAGGUGAAGUAGGAAAAGCUGGGACACUCAGACAUACUUGAAAUCACAUAAAGAAGACACUGGUGAACUAUUUCUCCUCAAAAAAGGACCGCUGUAGUAGCCAGGAAGUUAAUGCAGGAAAUAGUCUCCUCACAGGAAAUAGGAAAUACACUCAGGGCUUUUGGUGGGCAGCAAACAUAGCUGAACUGUGUGUCAGCAUCUUUGAAGAUGUUUUCCACAUGACAAUCCUGUAAUUUCAACAAAGACAGCAAACCUGAGAUUUUUUGGACACGAUGCCUGCUUUGUUUUCUUGUCCUUGCAUGCGCCCGUGUGGUAUUUUUAGUGUUUUCCCAUGAGCCUGAGUAGCAGAAGAGGAACAGAAGGAGGGGUGACUCUCGCAAUUAGUGGUGCUCUGCAAUUUCACCGUCAAGAUUGAUUGCAUUCUGUCCCGCCUGCUCGCCCGCUUGGACAAAGUCGGCGGUGCAGCCCAGAGUUUUGUGCUCUUUAACACUUUCAUUGAUUUAGACGACCCGCAUUAACUUUACUAAAAAGAACCACGCCUCUUUAAUCGACCGUUUUAUCUUCAUUAUUCUGAUGGCACGGCAUGAUUCACCCUUUUAUUCUAUUGUGAUUGAGAAACCGUGAAGAUAAAUAUCUUUAAAAACAUCUGUCUGAUUCUGUGACUGUGCAGAUCUCAACAAGUAUGAUAUGAAUCUGCUCUCUCUAAUUGGAAAAGCUUUCAACUGCCACAAUUAAGUCUUGCACAACAUAACCAGGCUGUUGCAAAAACAACUUUGCACUUCUGUUUUUCAGUUAUCCUGGUAUUGUAAAGCAUUGUAGUUUAUAAAGUAAAAACUAUUUACUCUAUUUCUCCAGCUCUUUAAUGAUGUUGAUACAUUUAAAUAUGGCUGAUGUGAAAAAAUUAAAGCAUCUAUAUGACAUGGAAACUGCUGAAUUUUCAGCAUCUCCAUAAAUAUUGAUCUGGAGAGACACCAUCAGCUAAUGGACAGGGGAUGAGGUUCUCCGGACUUUCCACAGUUUCUUUUUACAGUCAGUUUUAUGUGGAGGAAACGGCCUUUUAAGGGGAUGAGAUGAGUUUUGGUGAUUGUCAGCAGUCCGUAGCACAAGAGUAUGAGGAUAUAAACUCUUCCUUAUUUAACAAUCUUCUCCCAAACAAGGUGGUGAAUGCUGCGAACUGACAGUGAGACCUGUAGUUUGGGGAUUGUGUUUUUAAAUUGUCAAAGAUUUUACAAAGAAGUUUAGUAACUAUGAAAACCUCUCAUGUGUUCAAGUGUUGUGUGUUUGUAGUCUAGUUAGUCCAGUUAAAUCAUGAAUCAACGGUCACUGUUGUGAGCAGAAGCAGUUCACCCAAAGGACAUCCUAGCUUGUAUUAGCGGUAAUCUGUCAACAAUGUACCUCCAUAAAACAGGUUUUUGCAAGUUCAGCUCCCACAGUCCAGGCCCUCAAGAUAAAUACGUUUAAUUGGGGUUGGUAGUUUGGCUCAGUGGUUAAGGUGUGAACUGUACACAGAGCUGCAAAAGACUCAAGAAACCAAGAAAUUAUGACUCAAGUUUGCUUCUGAAGAUGCUUUUUAGACUGUAAACAAAGCAGUUUACAGAGCGUGAACCUACUAUUUACACUGAAACUGAGACCUGUCAUGAAUAAAUGAAGGACUUUUCAGCAAAAAAAAUAACAAAUGGCUCAAAAGUUCUUCUUAAGUUUCUAAUUAGACUGUAAAUAAUGCAGAUUAUAGAUAAAUAAGUCUCUAAAAGUUGUUUUUUGUUCACUGCUGGCUAAACUGUAAUGCCCUAAAAAUUCACAGUCACUCCCAGAGCUUAGAGCUCUUAGAUGAUGGCUGAAAGGCUCUGAGUUUCAUGGGAUUUCUUGCUUGAUGUAAUAAAUUCUUUCAGUUUUGCCUCACGAUAAUAAUAACUUUUGCAACAUGAGUUAUGAUGCUAAAAAUUGGCCGUGACUCCCUUUGGGAAAGUAUAAGUACACACCCCUGAAACCCUCUAAAACACAGCUAUUCAAUCUUGACUAAUUUACUGCUUAAAAUGUCACCUUCAGUUAUUUUUAAAGUGCUUGAACUUUCUUACGUUUCCAUGAAAAAGUAUCUGUCACAAAUUUGGUUGAGAUAAAAACAGAGACUGUAUCACUCCAAGUCAUCUAGACUUGAACAAAACCUGAUCCAGAGCCAGUGUGAAAUUCAGACACUCACUUUUUCAUGCUGACUUUGCGGCCCAACACUCCUCCUCACACCCCCCAGGUUAUGAUGUCGUCAGUGCUGGCUAUCACAAAUGGAUGAGCUCGUGACUGUGUGCACAGUGUUGCUUUAGGCUCUCUGACUCAGAACUUCCAUGUAAGUGUAAUCGCCGUGUGACCACUUACAGCAGACAGAUCCCCCGUUAGUGCGGCUGCAGUCUGCAUCAUUAUUCUCCUCACCACAUCCCUUCGUCAGCACGGCCGUAAAUGAAGCUCUGCUGACUGCUCGCUCUCAUGGGCGGAGACCCUGGAUCCCUAAAAGUGCUGAUUUCACACUCCCAACACCUCUUCAGCUACAGCUGGAUCACUAUGUUUUAUCACAGACUGUUUGUUUCUCCUCACCACUGUUAUUACUCCCCUCUGUUAUUGAGGCAUCACUUGGGACUGUGCCCUGUGUUAUUGUUCUUAAGAUGAUGAUAAGUAGUUGUAGGAUAAAUAUCAGUGGGCAUGGUUGUUCGAAAGGUCACAGUAGUAAGCACCACCUUUUGUAUGUAAUGUGUGCAACCUUUUCCUCUGACCAGGGAUAAACUCAGACCUGCCCGGUAUUUUCCCCCCUGGCCUGCGGGCUGAUAACAGUUUGACGUAAAGGUUAGAUUAGAUAAAUGAGAUAAAUUAGUGGCCUUUUCAGUAAUAGAAGGGUAUUUGAAAGUAAUUUUUCUGGUUUAGAUGAAUAAUGUGGAUAUUUUUGGCUCUUGAUACCAUAAAAAACAUGCAGUUACGUAAAAAAAAGGUUGUAUUGAUUGCAAAGCUGUGGUGCUGGGUUAAAUUUGAUUGAUUUGGUUUGUCUAAUGAACUGUUACUGCAAAUAAAAUCCUCACAAAAGAGUGAAUAAUUUUACAUCUCAUGUUAGGGCUGGGUGAUAAACCGAAAAUUUACCAAUACCAAUGUCAUUUUGCCCAUUUUGGUGUCAAAUAAAAUAAGUAAAAGUUGGUUUUGGAUUAGUGUCGGUAGGCUAUGAUCACAUGUCCCUUUAAGACACUGUCCUAUGUCGAAGAUGUAGUUAAUGUGGGAGGGGGUGAGCAGCUUGUGAAGUAGUUAUCCUCCAUUUAUCGUUAUCGAGGUGAACUGCUCAAUGUAUUGUGAUAUUGAUUUUAGGCCAUAUGGCCCAGCCCUAUGUCAUGUACAUCAUUGUAUUUAUCUGUUAUUCUUUUGUUUGUUUUAGGUCUUAUAAAAAUCAAGGAGGCAAACGACAUUGAGGAGAAACUGAACGAGGUGGAGAGACUGCUGAAGAAUGCGAUCAACAUGCCCUGCAAGGUUGGUACCUGGAUUAUUUUACAUCAGUGUUAGAGUCGCAUGCCUUCUCUGUACUUGACUAUUUGUCAUUGUCUGUUAUUAAGAAUAUGUGUGUAAAACGAUAUAAUACUGUAAAUCCUGUCUCCACAGUAUUCCAGGUCAGAGGUCAUGUUGACUUUCUUUGAGCGAUCCCCACUCGACCAGGUGCUUAGGAACGACAAAGUCCACAGAAUUCAGCCAUGCUUUCAGAGUCCAAUCAAGAUAUCAGGUACACUUCUUUUAUUACUCACUGCUGACAACCCUUCAUGUCAUAAUUUAACAGCUGAUCUAAUAUUUCUCUCUGUACUUUUCCAGAAAUCAUGAGGUCCAAUGGAUUCUGUUUGGCAAACACAGAAACAAUCGUAUUUGAUCACAAUCUGCCAGAAGAAAAAGAAAGACCAUCAUCUACCGACUCUGUGGAACAUACGUGAGUUACAGGACCACUCUUCUUUAUCAUUAUUUUUGUGUCAUAUUUGCUUUUUGAUAGAUUACUGUUCAUGAUCGGCUCGACACCUUCCUGUUUUCUACAAAAGUAAGAGUUUCAGUGUUAGCCUAGUACAUUUAGUACAUGUGGGAAAACUUGAAGGCGAACAAACCCCAAGACCCUCUGCUGUGAUAGGAAGUGUGUCUGUGCACCUCUUCCUUCCCUGGGUGUGUAGGAAGCAAAAGAGGAACACAUUCCUCUACAAAACAAGACUUUACAUAACUCUGAAAUAGCUUAAAUUCUUUUCUUCUGUGAAUCUCACCCCUCAUUUUCAAUCAGUUUGUGUUUGUAUUAAACCAAAUCUUGUCUCUUGACACCUUACAAAAAGAGCAGGCAUGGACCAUAUUCUUCCUCAUGUUGUUAAUUAUACUACAGAGACCCAAUUAGGACCCAGCUUUGGCAGCUUUUGGCAAAAUUUGGCAAUGAUGAAAAACUUCCUUUAAACAGGCAGAAAGCUUGGGCAACCAGACCAGUGAUGGUGAACAGCCAUGAGCUUAGGAUGGUUAAUUAGUGCCGACUGAAGGCCACAGUGUAAGCCAGUAGUAAUAAUAAGAGACCUAUUUUGACAAAUGUAAGACUUUCAGACGAGAGGUAGCAGUUGGUCCGCAAUAAGAAUGAGUAUGUUAAUAUGCACAAACAAGUCGAGCUACAGUUCUAGGUGAUUUAAUUGGACGACUGUCUUUGUCCCAGGACUCCUCAUAGUGGCUUUCAAAUACGUAACAUACAAACAUUAACAUGCUAUGGAUACGUAUAGAUAGAGAAAGAGAUCCAUGUGUCAGGUCCCCCAGCAGUCUAAAUGUCUCCACACACGAAGCACAAGUAAAAUCAUUCGCGCGAAUGAAUUACAUAUCAAGUCAAUGUAAAGACGCGAUUAGACGCUCCUACUACUCAGGCGGCGCAAAUGACACGAGUUGGGCGGAAGCUGAAUAUUGCGAAGGUUGCUGGGUGACGUAUGAAAAUGGAUGGUUGUUUACUGGUCUCUAAAAUACCGAUACUGAUCAUGUCGGUGUAUUGGUCCUCCGAGUUAUAUGAUACCAUUUCUUUCAAUUACCGAAACUGGAACAUAAAAAGGAGCUCGCCUGGAGGCAAGUGAGUGAGGAGGUCGGAUUACCCGGUAAAUUGUAAAAAACCUUAGUCUAUCGCUUGAUCCUGCCGGUUGAAGUGGCAGGGAUUACCGUUGAAAUUACCGUUGACGUUGACAUCUAGAUUUGCACAAAUUAAGCGAGUAGAUGAUUUUGCUCGCGCUUGGUGUGAGCGCCCCAUAAGCCAAUUAAAGAGAAAGUAGUCGCCUUAAACAUUCGCUUUAUUAAAAAAGAAAGUUUUUAGCCUGCUUUUAAAUGUAAGGAAGGUGUCCGUCUCCUGGACCUUGACAAGUAGAUGGUUUCAAAGGAGAAGGGGCCUGAUGUGUCAGGACCUCUAGCUGCCAAAAACAAGUUUGUAUUGUCCUUCAAAUCAUGUGUCUUCUAUUUCAUUGCCAGGUAUGAUGAUGAUGGAUCGGAGUAUUUGCCGAUGGAAGCCGACUUGUGCGAUGAGGAAACAGAAGCUUAUGUCACCAACCUUUCCUACUACCAUCUGGUCCCAUUUGAAACAGACAUCCUGGAAUGAGGAAGUGAUAACUGUAGAGAGACACACAAGGAUAAUGUAUCCCAAAAUGGAGUCACCCCUAUGAAGUGCUGCCAAUGCAAAUCCGCUCCAAAAAAAUGCUGCUGCUGCUCACUGUGUGCCGCUCUGAGCAAAGUCGCCAGUGUGCCUCGAGAAGACAUGACAAGACUGUCUCAAUACAGACUAUGAAGGGCCUUAAUGUGGAGGCAGCAAAAGUGGAAGUCCUGAAAUGUUACAAACAGCUGAAAACCUUCCAAACUCUGCAACCACAGUGAGGAGGGCAACACGCCAAGCUAAAAAUGAGACAUUUACAGUGUUAGACCAUUCAUUGUGACUUCAAAACAUUCAUUUUUUUCAGCUGCUUUCUCUAUCCACCGCUUUUAUCCUGCAGCCGAACUCUGAGAUGGUCUGCUUGGAGUUUAUAAUCCAUCUGCAAAGUAUAUUCUCAUCUAAACUGAUGAGGUUAAAUCCUCAGUGUUUUAUUCUUGUGGGAACACAGGAAGCUGUCGAAAAGGUUUAUUUAUGUUUUUUUGUUCAUGGUGCAAUUUUCCACCAGCAUUGCAGAGUUUCUUUUUUUUUUUUUUGAAUAAUACCAGCUCAAAACUUUGCAAAAAAAUAAGUUUUUGUUGCCGUGGAUAUACAUGUGGUUCUUUUGUUUGAGAGUACUUUGAGACCAAAGUGAAGCAAGACUCCAGGGUUUAGAUGCAAAAAACAAGUAAAAGAAUGAAAUAUAUACAUGUAUUUUAGUUCAGUCUUUUGGUCUUUUACUUAAAUGUGUUUUAGAUCCAUCCUUAAAUGCAUCUGUUUUACUUGAUUCUUAGAGUACUGUCAAAUUAAAGAGUUUAAAGUAUAAAUCAUCAUUAUAACACCCUCCUUCCAAAGUGAGAUCCUAAUGCUGCCUUUUCUGUGUUGUGUUUUUGUCUGAAUUUCAAAUUAGAAUGUAUGAUUAAGUUAUAUAUCUUGUACAUUAGCUUAUUCUAGGUUUCUAAACCAGUACAUUAACCUAGUACUGCAGAGCAUUAGUGUUGCCUUUAUUUUGGACAAAACUGAAUCGUCUCCUUGCUUUUGUUGCCAUGAGAUACAGUGAUAAAAUGGGGCAAAGAAAGCUUUGUUAUAUGGGUCAGUUGAGGUCACAUCUGAGCCGUCCUGUAAGAUGACGUGUGUGGGGGUUCACUGGGACAGCUGACUGUGGGAGUCUGCAGCUUGGCCUGCAAAACAAGUCUCCUCUUUAUGGAAAGAAGACAAAUGGCGGUGCUGUAGUAAAACUUUCUAUUGGAGAAGUGUGUGAAAUGGGCUAACAGUUGAUUAAAAUUCAUGCCUUUUGUAUGUUUUAUGGGCCCCCCCACCAUGCUUUCACUUCUCGUAGUGCCUUUCAUGAAACUGCUGAGCACAGUGGUGCGUUACAUGUGUUUUGAAUGCAAGUGAAGGGUGAAAAACAUAUAUUUGUGCUGGGCUGAAUGUAAGGAAAUUCAUCUGUAUUCUUGGGUUUGACGGUUUGUUUAUGCAGAAGUCAAUGUUGCAUUACAUUGUGGGCUAACAGCGUGUGUCCAGUGUGUUUUGGUCCUUCAAAUACAAAGCCAUUCAACCCUCACAAACUUGGCACACGGGACUACAGCAGGAGGCUCCUCCGCAUGAGUCUGUUUAGUAACACAGUCAUGACCACCAUUCACCUCAUGAGAAAGUGCAGCUCUUUCACAGGAUGCUAAACUUUUUUACUCUGAGUUUGUGUUCGUCUCAUUCCUGAAGAAUUAGGCCAUGAAAUGAUGGUUAUCUUUUGGACUUCAGAAUUUUGUUUCUAACUAAUAGUUGACAGCACAUGCAUCAUUUAUGCAAGUAUUAAUUAAUAAAAACAAACUGAACUUUCUGGUUUGAAUCUUUUUAAAUUUGUGUGGAGUUUGUAAAAGCUUUGUUAAAAUCCCAGACUGCCAAGUGACCCCCAUCUGACUGGUUUAGUGCAUUAAGGUGACUGAAGUGGUGACCUUUUACACCUCAACUCAGUUUCAUUUAUGUAUAAACGUGCCAGGAGUGUGGGAAUUUAGAGAAAGAAAGAGUAUAGGACACCAUGACAAUAAUUCAACACAAUAUAUUUUAUUUAUUUUACAUCCACACUCUGUUAAGCUAACACUUCAGGCCUUAUUUCAAUGUUAUGUAUUGAUGUUUGUUGUCGGUUUGUUUUAUGAGUUAAUGUGUCAUUAUGAUUGGAUGGUAAAGGAAAUAAUAACCCUUAAAAUGUAUGUAUGUGACAUUGUUUAUUUCUAACAACAAUGUAGACAGUAUUACCACAUUUUUAUUCUUGAAGCUUCUCAAAUAAAUAUGUUUCCAAUAAAAAA